AUGUCUCAAGCAAACCCCCACCAUGAACCCGGCACAGCCGAUGGCUGGCACGGCACAAUCACCCCAACCGGGCCCUUUAAGCCCCAGCCCGGCCGCUACCACCUGUACAUCGGCCUCUUCUGCCCCUUUGCGCACCGGGUGAACUUCGUCCGACAUCUCAAAGGGCUAACUGACAUUAUCGAUAUGAGCGUCGUCAUGCCCUACCCAAAGGGCGAUUCAAAGGGAUGGCCUGGGUGGAGAUUCCCCGCUUCCAACGACGAGUAUCCCAAUGCCACGGUGGAUAAGCUCUUCGGCGAGGACUACAUGCAUAAAGUUUAUUUUAAGGCUGACCCGGAGUAUAAGGGAAGGUAUUCAGUGCCGGUGCUGUGGGAUCGGGAGACUGGGACGAUUGUUUGUAAUGAAAGCCUCGAACUGCUCCGCUGGCUCCCAUCGGCAUUCAACGACUUUAUUCCGGAGUCAAAGGCCUCAAUCGACCUAUACCCACCGCAUCUCCGUGACAAAAUCGACUCCUUGAGCUCCUGGGUCCUGCCUAACAUCUGCAGAGGCGUGUACAAGUCUGGCUUCGCCCCGUCACAAGAGGAGUACGAUGAAAACGUCGUCCCACUCUUCGGAUCACUCAACAAACUAGAGAAGAUCGUCUCGGCUAAUGGCGGGCCCUUCAUACUGGGUUCGGAGAUGACGGAGCUAGAUAUCACUGUCUACGCGACGCUCGUCCGGUUCGACACCGUUUAUGUCCAGCAUUUCAAGUGUAAUCUGGGUACAAUUAGACAUGAUGACCCGGUUUUGAAUAACUGGCUUAAGGGUGUUUAUUGGGGAGUUCAGGCUGCGAGAGACUCGACAGAUUUUAAGCAUAUUAAAGAGAAUUAUACGAAGAGUCAUUACGACAUUAACCCAAAGGCCAUUACUCCAAUGGGACCCUUUCCGGAUGUGGAGGAUGGUGUUGAGCAGGAUUGGGGGAAGCUGAGAGUUGGAGAAGUGAGACAUCCGGCGGUUUUGGAGUUUGAGCGCACAUUGAAGGACGCCUAG